AUGCCUUAUGUCCAGCCAUCGUUUGGAUACUACGAUGACUGCGGCGCCCAAGAUCGUCACGAGAUCAACAUAGCUCGAGACAGUGUGCUCUUUGCCAUGUUCGCCACCGCCAUCACAUCCUCGGACCAAUUGACGUCUGUGUGUGCCCUCACGACUGGGCCAGCCAUGUUUACUUCAUGCAUGCAAUACCUUUUGCCAGCUUCAGACGUGUUUACGACUCUCCUGAAAGCCCCCCUGGAAGCGUUACGUCCCCAACUGACCCAAACAUCCCAAGCCAUUGCGGGGCUUAACGUCAGUUUUGUUCAGUGGGCCACCAUCGCUGGCGUGGAUCAAGUGCUGCAUCAGCCCAUGAUCACCUCUUCUUCUACUUCUUCUUCGUGGUCGUUCAUUGGGUGGAUGACCAUGUUUGACUGGGUCAAUGACCAAAGAGAAGUGUACUCGUUCCAAGGCGACCUCAACACCAAUGUACUCAUGUCUCGACCCCAUCCGUCCGAGGUCAUGGCUAUAAACCCCGUCGAGUUGCCUUAUAACGCGUGCCCGUACUUUUGGGUCGUGUGCAUUACAGGAACUGUAAAACAGCAUUUUAGGGAUUGCCCAACUGCACUCACUCAAAAGAAAGCUCCACAACUUCCAACAACCUGCCUAUCGUGA